AUGACUGUAUUGUUAAGCGCCGACAAUUACCUAGCGUUCUGCUUUCCUAUCAUUUAUCAUACUUCACUCGGUUACAAUAUUAAAACGGCAAAACUUUUAACCAUUUUGGUCAUCGUCACUAAUAUACUCAUGCUAGUGCCUUUAUCAUGUUGGUACUUCGUCAACAAAAUAAAUUUAUCACAAAUCUUAUCUUCAGCUAACUCAACUGUUAUUCAUUUUCAGUACGAUAAUAACGCCACGGAAGGUAUGGUUCAAUAUGUUGAUAAUUUUAAUCUUCGCGACAAGGAUAAGUGGAUAUUUGAAAUGGUCCAAAACCCCAAUAACGGUAACUCACCCGCUUUCUUACUUUAUAGCAUCCUACGUGAAUUUUUUCUGACAUUCAUGCCCAUAAUUAUUUUGCUACACUUUUAUGUAUCGAUAAGCUUGGCGUUGAAAAGACAAAAAAAUAAUAGGAGGUUUGGUUUCCAAAAUACAUCGAAAUUUAACAUGCCUUCAUCUAUAACGAGACUCACUUGGACUGUGCUUAUUCUCCUAAUUAAUUUUCUCUUACUAUCCAUUCCCGUUGCUGUUAUCAAUAUGAUCUACUAUCGUUAUCAAUGUUAUCUAGAAAAAUGCUCCUUUCGAAAUUUAAUAGCACUCGUAAAUUACCUGGAGGUCAUCAAAAUUUGUAUCAAUUUUUACAUAUAUUUCUUCACGAAUAUCAAAUUUAGACAUGCCUUUUAUGAAUCCCUAUCUUGGUCAGGAAGAUCAAAAAUUUACCCUACCAACUAA